AUGGAUCCUUUGAACUACAUCUUUCAGAAGCCAAUGCCAACUGGCAGACUCGCGAAAUGGCAAAUCUUGCUCACUGAAUUUGACAUUAUAUAUGUCACUCGAAUUGCAAUGAAAACUCAAGCUCUGGCAGACCACUUGGUAGAGAAUCCAGUCGAUGGCGACUACGAACCACUGGAUACAUAUUUUCCAGAUGAAGAGAUUAACUCAGUUGAAGAAGUAGAUCCAGAUGAAAAUCAGGCCUGGCAAUUAUACUUUGAUGGAGCAAUCAACAAAAAAGGCACAGGGAUUGGGGCAAUUCUCAUAUCGCCCACAGGACAGCAUUACCCUGCAACAGCUCGACUUCGUUUCUUCUGUACAAAUAACACAACAGAGUAUGAAGCUUGCAUCAUGGGUCUAAAUAUGGCAAUAUAUUUGGGUGUGCAAGAAUUGAUUGUGUUGGGAGAUUCUGAUUUGCUUAUUAGGCAAGCUCAAGGCGAAUGGAAAACUCGAGACCUCAAGCUUCUUCCUACAAACAAUGUGUGGAAGAUCUUAGCAAAAGAUGCCUUGGCUACUUUGGUCUCAAUGCUUCCAUAUCCUGGAAACACUUGUAUUACUCCCUUGGAAAUUCAACUUCGGGACCAACAUGACUAUUGUAACACUGUGGAAGCAGAAUCAGAUGGUGAGCCGUGGUACCUAGACAUCAGGAAUUUCUUGCAAACAGGGAAAUGUCUGGCAAAUUCCAAUGGAAGCCAAAAAAGAACUAUUAGACGUCUGGCUAGUGGUUUCUUUUUGAGCGGGGAAAUUUUAUGUAAACGCACCCCAGAUCUGAACUUAUUGAGAUGUGUGGAUGUUGAAGAAGCCGAGAAGAUCAUGAAUGAAAUACAUACUGGGGUAUGUGGACAACACAUGAAUGGAUAUGUCCUUGCGAAAAAGAUACUCCGAGCAGGAUAUUACUGGCUUACCAUGGAAUGGGAUUGCUUUCGCUUUGUGAAAAAAAUUCAUCAAUGUCAAAUUCAUGGUGAUCUCAUUCAUUCACCUCCUUCAGAGUUGCACCCCAUGGCUACUCCUUGGCCCUUUGUUGCAUGGGGAAUGGAUGUCAUCGAACCAAUUGAGCCAAAAGCUUCUAAUGGACAUCAAUUUAUUUUGGUCGCAGUCGAUUACUUUACUAAAUGGGUAGAGGCAAUCACUUUCAAGGAGGUAUGUGAGCAGUUCAAAAUUGUGCAUCACAAUUUUACUCCAUACCGACCAAAGGCUAACGGAGCUGUGGAGGCAGCCAAUAAGAAUAUCAAAAAGGUUCUCAGGAAAAUGGUUCAAGGAUAUCACACAACAGUGCGCACCUCGAUUAGUGCAACUCCUUAUUUGCUAGUGUAUGGGACUGAGGCUGUGAUACCAGUGGAAGUUGAAAUUUCAUCUCUUCGAAUUAUUGUCGAGGCUGAAAUUGAAGAUAUUGAAUGGGUCAAAACCCGACCAGAACAGCUCACAUUAAUAGAUGAGAAGCGAUUGACGGCCGUCUGUUUUGGUCAGCUUUAUCAGCAAAGGAUAGCUCGUGCAUACAACAAAAAGGUGCGCCCUAGACACUUUGAAGUAGGUCAACUGGUCUUAAAGCGCAUUCUCCCGCACCAAGAAGAGGCCAAGGGAAAGUUUUCCUCAAAUUGGCAAGGUCCAUAUCUUAUCAAGGAGGUGUUGUCCAAAGGAGCCUUACACCUUACUGAUGUGGAGGAAAAAAUCGCAGGCAUAAUUGUUAAUGCGGACGCAGUCAAAAGAUACUACCUCUAA